GUAUAUACAGCCCUCCAUAACUUAAUGAGGUGUGUGGUCUCUGGGCUUGACCCUCUGUGGAUGCUAUUGUCCCCUCUUGUCCCUGCAUCGUCUUCCUUUUUUCCUUCUUCUUUUCCUCCUGACUGGAACCAAGCAUGGCUUUCUACAAACACUCAGGUCCCAGGAGUUAUCUCACCUCCACCAUGACUGACCGCUUUGACUGCUACUACUGCCGUGACAACCUGCAUGGGAAGAAGUAUGUGAAGAAGGACGAAAAGCACGUGUGCACCAAGUGCUUCGAUAAGCUCUGCGCCAACACCUGUGCAGAAUGCAAACGCCCCAUUGGUGCCGACUCCAAGGAGCUGCACCAUAAGAACCGCUACUGGCAUGAGGACUGUUUCCGCUGCGCCAAGUGCUACAAGCCGCUGGCUAGUGAGCCGUUCAGUGCCCGCGAUGAUGGCAAGAUCAUGUGUGGCAAGUGUGGCUCCAGGGAGGAUGGCAACCGCUGCCAGGGCUGCUACAAGGUGGUCAUGCCAGGAUCCCAGAACGUGGAGUACAAGAAAAAGGUGUGGCACGAGGAAUGCUUCACCUGCUUUGAAUGUAAGCAGCCAAUCCGGACACAGAGCUUCCUGACCAAGGGUGAUGACAUCUACUGUGCCCCCUGCCAUGACAAGAAGUUUGCGAAGAAGUGCUUCCACUGCAAGCAGCCCAUCACUUCUGGAGGGAUCAGCUACCAGGACCAGCCCUGGCACUCUGAGUGUUUCGUGUGCCACACCUGCCGUAAAACUCUGGCGGGAGCUCGCUUCACUUCCCAUGAGAACAAGGUUUACUGCGUGGACUGCUUCAAGACUGAUGUGGCCAAGAAGUGCCAUGGAUGCAAGAACCCAAUCACAGGGUUUGGCCAUGGCACCAAUGUGGUGAAUUAUGAGGGAUACUCCUGGCAUGAGUAUUGCUUCAACUGCAAGAAGUGCUCCCUCUCGCUGGCCAACAAGCGCUUUGUCAUCAGUGGAGAUCACAUCCACUGCCCCGACUGUGCUAAGAAGCUGUGAGCUGCACAAUCAGCUGUGCAGAGGGUCCCUGUUUAAAGUGGAAUUACACCAAAACUGAAUGUUAAUUUGCAAAAGAACAUAUUUUCUCAUACAAUUCUACGUUUGGGAGUUUUCGGAUGUGAAUUCAGAAUAGAACAGAAAUGUUAUUCUGUUUCUGAACUAGCACAAAAAUGUCAAAACAGUCAAUUUUGGUGAAACUUCUCUUUACAAGGUUGAGAGUGGAGGCUAUAUCAACUAAAUAUGCACUAGCUUGAAUCAUUUAUCUACAUAUACAUUAUUGCAACUUGUGUCAGUGUCAGGGUUGGAUACUAACAUGGCGACAGAAUUUAUUUUGUGGGAUUGUGACGUGCACUGUCAGUCUAAUUUAAUCCAAUCCAGGAUUCUGCGCAGCUUUAUGAGACAAAAGCCUUUUCAGUGCCUUACUGGAAUCUUUCAGAGAGAAUAUGCUUUUUACAUGCAUUCUGCUGAUCAUACGUACCACUUUGAUUAAUAAUCUUUCAUGUUGCUGAAUGUUUGAAUGGAUUAUGAGAAUUAAAAAAAAUGUUUAGAGUGAAUUUCAAAUACAAAUUAGGUCUUUGAGAUUGAUGCUGAAAUAUAAACUGCUCAUGUAUUCAAGACUUUGAGUGAAGUUAAAUGUAAAACAAGAAUAAAGGAGGAAGUGAUGUGAA